AUGACGAGAGGUUUGGAGCGGCACCGGGGCGUGAUAGACAAGGACCUGCGCCACUACCUCAACCUGCGCUUCCAGAAAGGCUCGGUGGACCACGAGCUGCAGCAGAUCAUCCGGGACAACCUCUACCUCCGCACCGUCCCCUGCGGGAUGGGACACAUGAGCAGCUCUCCAGAGAUCUACCCCCGGCACUCUCAGGUGAUCUGCCUCAGCGUGGCUCCGUUUACCAGCCGAGCAGCUGCCGCAGGAGCUUUGAGACCUCUUAAAAGUCCACGAACUCCAGCCGGAGGCCGGCGCAGUCCUUCUCUGUCGCGGCAGAACAGUCCGCGCGAAACACCAAAGAGGUCCAUAAUCCCAGAUCCACGAGCGGCCAGGAGCCGAGAAACGCUGUGUGACAGCGUGAAUAAAUCCAUGACUGGGGGGAUCAAGUGGAGCGUCCGCGCCCAUGUCACUGGAGGGAAAUCGGUCGCAACCAGCGAGUAUGUUCAUGGCGACUGGACCCAGGACCAUCAGCCCGAAAAGCUCGCCUCCUCGAUACCUGUACGCCACCUCGGCAACCCCUUCUCCUGGAUUUCUUCCCUGGCUUACCUGGACGCCAGUUUGCGAAGAGAAGCCGGUACUCAGCUGCUGACCACAGAGGGAUUUUCGUUGGAUGAAGAUUACUUCAAUUCCAUCUACAAUUCUACAUCUCCAGUGCAUGAGAAUGAAGCAUCUGCUCCUUGCAGUGUAAUUGUUCAUGGAUUUAACAACUUGGGCAUAAUGAUCACUUUCCUCAUCGUGUUUUUCCUCAGCGUUGUAGGCAACAGUGUGGUGGUCUAUGUGGUUUGUUACAUGAACAAAGGGAGAACCAGCACAGAUAUCUACCUGAUGCACCUGGCGAUGGCUGACCUUCUCUUCAGUCUGACCCUACCAUUCUGGGCCAUCAAUGCUAAUUUUGGCUGGAUCUUCGGCAACUUCCUGUGCAAACUCCUGUCAGGCUUUCAAGAGGCUUCGGUCUACAGUGGUGUCUUCCUGCUGGCCUGCAUCAGUAUGGACCGUCACUUUGCCAUUGUGAGAGCUACACGUGUCCAGCCCUCCAAACACUGGUUGGUGAAAGUGGUGUGCAGUUUGGUGUGGCUGGUGGCUGGUAUGCUGUCCUUACCUAUUGUAAUUCAAAAGGAGAGCAUGCAUGCUGAUGAACUGAACCGUAGUAUUUGCUACGAAAACCUAACUGGUGAAAGCAGCGACCACUGGCGUGUUAGCAUGCGAGUAAUGCGCCAUACACUGGGCUUCUUCCUGCCACUGGUGGUGAUGGCUGUCUGCUACGGCUGGAUUGUGGUGAAACUGUUUCACACACGUAAUCAGCAAAAGCACAAGGCCAUUCACAUCAUCCUGGCAGUAGUGUUGGUAUUUGUUGUCUGCUGGUUGCCUUAUAACAUCACUGUCCUGAUUGACACGCUCAUACAAGGCGGGACAAUUCCACUGGAGUCGUGUGAAACUCGCUACAUAGUGGAAGUGAUGUCACAUGUGACCCAAGUGAUGGCAUUUCUGCACUGUGCAGUGAAUCCGGUGCUGUAUGCGUUCGUUGGGGAGAAGUUCCGUAACCAGUUUCUCUCAGCUCUUUACAAACACGGCAUUAUCAGCAAGAGGCUCCAGAGGGCGUACAGGAGGGGCACUGAGAGCAGUGCAGGGAGCAUCAGAUCUAGAAACACCUCCAUCUAG